AUGCCUCCUGCGGAAGGGGUUGAAGCCGUCGUUGUGCGGCUGAGCAAUCCGAGGGCUGAGGGUAUGAACAACACGAACCGCGUUGAAAACGAGGUUGCUUCGAUGCAUCUCGCGCGCGGCGCCGUAGCGCAGCUGGGCACUGACUACGUCGGCCUCGUGCCGGCGGUCUAUGCCUGGAAAGCGGCCACCUCUGCCUCGUCGAAAGACGAAGCAGGCUUUGGAUGGACGAUCAUGGAGUACAAGUCUGGCGUCCCUUUGGAUGCUCAUUUCAGAGCGCUUUCCAUGGAGCAGAAGCUCGAAAUCAUCGAUCAAGUUGCAGUCAUAUUCUCUGCCACUCAGGGCGUAAAGUUACCCCCUAGCGUUACACACCACGGCGGACUUACCAUCGACAACGGGGGACAGAUCAUUUCUGGUCAGGGAACUUUGCAGGAGAUGGAAGGUGGCCCGUGGAAAGGCUUUGUAGAAUCCUGGGCGUUCAACAUGCAGGGGAAACUGAAGGAGGCCGACGCGAGCGAGGUGAUCAGCGGCUGGACUGCUAACGGAGUGCGAGCCAAUGUGGAUCGAAUGGUCGCGUCCGGACUUUCCAGCAUCAUCCGUGAUGCAGGAGUGGACACGACGAGCCUUGUGCUCAUUCACAGAGACUUUACGAUGAACAACAUGCUCUUUGACACCGAAUCAAAGCGGAUUUCCGCGAUGCUCGACUUCGAUUGGGCCGCCAUCGGACAUCCGGGCGAAGAGUUCUUCACCUCGUUCCACGACGUGAAGGGCACGACGCGGAUGAUUCACUCCGAGGAACUGCAGAAGGCCAUCUUGACCGGGAGCUUUGGAGACGGGUUGGCCAAAGAUGUCGCCAAUGAGGAGGAACACGAAGCGUGGGAGCUAGCGCGCGCUUGGGAUGCGGCGCUCCAGAAGCAUGGGGCGAUUCGGCCAAGUGAUAUCAAGGGCAUGGUGGUGCUAGAGAAGUUGCGCAGCUUUACCGACUUGCUGGCGCCGUUUGAGCUUGCGAAUAAGGCCAUGCUGAAGAGACGAUCAGCCGAGGACAUUGCAGUCAUGAGGGCCAAGACUGAAGAGGCAAUUGUCAAGGGCCUUGAGCAGUUCAACGUCGGAGGAUGA